AUGAGCGAGUGUAACUUGGUGGACCAGCAAGGAUUUAUCCAUCUUGCUAUCCGCUGUCAAUCGCUCGAGACAUUGUCACUGGCGCAUCAAUUCUCGGUGACGGACGAAGUUGUGCAGCUUUUUACUCGAUAUUGCCUGAAUUUGAAACAAGUCGACGUUUCCGGAUGCCGAUUAUUGACCGAUAACGCAUUUAGUCCAUGGAUAGAUGGUGGUGUUGAUGUUAGUAUGUCACAACUGGAAACACUCAAUAUCAGUGGGCUGGAGCCAGACAUAUCUCCGGCUGUGGUUCUGCAUCUUUUGCAGAACCUCCCGCACAUCAAUGAAAUAUGUCUUGGUGUUGCUUAUGACUUUACAGACGCAACGCAGCUUGUGAAAACAGCAGAUGAUUUUUCCCUUGACACCGGACGAUGUGUUACUAUCUGCAGAACAAAUUGGCUGACACGCUCUUCAUCUGAUCCGUUUACCUAG